AACCGGGAAGGGAAGAAUGAGGAAGAAGUCCGCCGCGCCGCGCGCUCCGUCCCAGCGAAUGCGGGUUUGCUGAUGAAGCGCGGCUCCGGUCACCCGAUCAUACAGGUCACUCCGGGCGCUGCGUGGAAACCGGGACCGCGGCACAGCGGAAAACCACGGCCACACGCACACUGCGCCGCCGGUGCAUGGGAAUCCGGACUCCUCUGCCCUCCUCCCGCGCGCCUCGCUGGUUGGAAACGCCGCUAUAAGAGCCGCCCGCGUCUCCAUUACCAUUCCCCACUCCUGGCUCACCUCCACUCCUCCUCCACCUCCUCCUCCUCCUCCUCCUCCUCCUCCUCCUCUCACUCCUUCAGCUCCCAGUGUCACUACAGACCGAACGCCGCUGCUUCCUCUCCGGAUUGUGGAUCACUCUCGGGACCAUCAAGGAAAUAAAGGUUGAACUCCAUCGGUAAUCAUCACCUCACCGUCACCAUGGGCUGCUGGGAUCACUCCUCUCUCUGGUCGCCUGCUUUGAGGAUAGCAGUCGUUACGACGAUCCUCCUCCUCGAGCUCCACCCCUCGCUGGCCGGCGCCCCUCCCGAGCCCAACCUCGGCGGCUCCGUUUCAGCCGUGUCCACCAACAAAACCGAUUGCAGCAAAGCCGAGCAGUGUUCGAAGGGGGUGAUCCUGCCUGUGUGGGAGCCCGUCAACCCCUCGUUUGGCGACAAGGUGGCGAGGGCGACGGUCUACUUCGUGGCUCUGGUCUACAUGUUUCUGGGCGUGUCCAUCAUCGCGGACCGCUUCAUGGCGUCGAUAGAGGUCAUCACGUCGCAGGAAAAGGAGAUCACCAUUAAAAAACCCAACGGGGAAACCACCACAACCACCGUCCGGAUCUGGAACGAGACCGUCUCCAACCUCACGCUCAUGGCUCUGGGCUCCUCCGCCCCUGAAAUCCUCCUGUCGGUCAUCGAGGUUAUCGGUCACGGGUUUGAUGCCGGCACUCUGGGCCCCUCCACGAUCGUGGGUUCGGCAGCUUUCAACAUGUUCGUCAUCAUCGGUAUCUGUGUGUACGUGGUCCCCGACGGCGAGACGAGGAAGGUCAAGCACCUGCGCGUCUUCUUCGUCACGGCCACCUGGAGCAUCUUCGCCUACAUCUGGCUCUACCUGAUCCUGUCGGUCAUCUCGCCCGGGGUGGUGCAGGUGUGGGAGGGGCUGCUCACCUUCCUGUUCUUCCCCAUCUGCGUGGUGUUCGCCUGGGUGGCCGACCGCCGCCUGCUGUUCUACAAGUAUGUGUACAAGCGCUACCGUACCGGGAAGCAGCGCGGCAUGAUCAUCGAGACCGAGGGAGACCGUCCGCUCCCCUCCAAGGUGGACAUCGAGAUGGAUGGGAAGAUGCUGAACUCGCAUGGCGUUGACUUCCUCGACGGUCCGCUGGGCUUGGACAUCGAUGAGAAGGAUCUGGACGAGGAGGAGACCCGGAGGGACAUGGCCAAGAUCCUGAAGGAGCUUAAGCAGAAACACCCUGACAAGGAGGUGGAACAGCUGAUCGAGCUCGCCAACUACCAAGUCCUGAGCCAGCAGCAGAAGAGCCGCGCCUUCUACCGCUGCCAGGCCACCCGGCUGAUGACGGGCGCCGGAAACAUCCUGAAGAAGCACGCCGCCGACCAGGCCCGGAAGGCCGUCAGCAUGCACGAGGUUCGCUCCGACGCCUGCGACAACGACCCCAUCUCCAAAAUCUUUUUCGAGCCCGGUUCCUACCAGUGUCUGGAGAACUGCGGCACGGUGGCGGUGAACGUGGUGCGGCGCGGCGGCGACACGGGGAAGACCAUUUCUGUGGAGUACCGGACGGAAGACGGCACCGCCAACGCCGGCUCGGACUAUGAGUUCACGGAGGGCGUGGUGGUGUUCAAACCCGGCGAGACGGUGAAGGAAAUCCGCGUGGGCAUCAUCGACGACGACAUCUUCGAAGAGGACGAGAACUUCCUGAUUCACCUCUCCAGCGUCAAGGUGUUGACCUCAGAGGGGGAGGAGCCCGAGGAGGGCGAGUCGGCCAAUCACGUGGACUCGGUGGCCUGCCUGGGCCUGCCCUCCACCGCCACCGUCACCAUCUUUGACGACGACCACGCCGGUAUCUUUACCUUCGAAGAGCCCGUCUGCCACGUCAGCGAGAGCGUGGGCACCAUGGAGGUCAAGGUGCUGAGAACCUCGGGGGCUCGCGGCGUGGUCAUGCUGCCCUACAAGACAAUGGAGGGAACGGCGCGCGGCGGCGGCGAGGACUUCGAAGACACUCACGGCGUCCUGGAGUUUCAGAACGACGAGAUCUUGAAGACCAUAACCGUUAGGAUCUUAGACCGGGAGGAGUACAAUAAGCAGUCCUCCUUCUACCUUCUGCUCCAAACCCCCCAGUGGAGACGCAGCGGGAAGGAACGGACAGAGGAGCAGCAGAAAGAGGAGGAGGAGGAAGAAGAGGCUCUGACGGGCAAAGAUGAAGAGGAGCGGCGCAUCGCCGAGAUGGGACGUCCCAUGCUGGGCGACCACGUCAAGCUGGAGGUCAUCAUAGAGGAGUCGUACGAGUUCAAGAACACGGUGGACAAGCUGAUCAAGAAGACCAACCUGGCUCUGCUGGUGGGAACCAACAGCUGGAGGGACCAGUUCAUAGAGGCCAUCACCGUCAGCGCAGGAGAAGACGACGACGAUGAAGAGUGCGGCGAGGAGAAGCUGCCGUCCUGCUUCGACUACGUCAUGCACUUCCUCACCGUCUUCUGGAAGGUGCUCUUCGCCUUCGUCCCGCCCACGGAGUACUGGAACGGCUGGGCCUGCUUCGUCGUCUCCAUCUGCAUGAUCGGACUGCUCACCGCCAUCAUCGGCGACCUGGCGUCUCAUUUCGGCUGCACGGUGGGCCUGAAGGACUCCGUCACAGCAGUAGUAUUUGUCGCUUUGGGAACUUCUGUACCAGAUACAUUUGCCAGUAAAGUAGCUGCUAUCCAGGAUCAGUAUGCAGACGCCUCCAUUGGGAACGUGACGGGCUCCAACGCCGUCAACGUGUUCCUGGGCAUCGGGGUGGCGUGGUCCAUCGCCGCCAUCUACCACAACAGCAAGGGGGACGAGUUCAGGGUGGACCCGGGCCGGCUGGCGUUCUCCGUCACGCUCUUCACCAUCUUUGCCUUCAUCUGCGUCGCCACGCUGAUGUAUCGGCGGCGGCCGGAGAUCGGCGGCGAGCUGGGCGGGCCCCGGACUGCCAAGGCCCUGACCACCAUGCUGUUCGUCAGCCUGUGGCUCCUCUACAUCCUCUUCUCCUCGCUGGAGGCUUACUGCCACAUCCAGGGCUUCUAAGACGGUGGGAAACAACAGCAACAGCGUCAAAGUAGAGUGGGACAGAGGAGCGUGGAGGGAGAAAGCCAGGGGGAGGUGGAUGAAUGGAUGGAUUAGGAAGUGAAGGCUGUCUCAUUGAUCUAUCACUCUCUCCCUUUUUGCAAUAGACUGAAUGACAGAUGAAUGAAAAGAUGUACAGAUGAAGAACUGCAGAAGGAUGCAUUAAUAAAUCUAGAGCAGGACGGAAGGAGGUGCGGACGCUGGACGGACAACGAUAAAUGUGGGAAUCCGAAAAGAGAAAAGGAAGAAACAAAAGGAAAGCAUUGUCUGUGUCGCUCUACAAAUCCGAAACCAAUCAAGCCGUCUUAACCUCUCUCAUGUUUCAAAAUACACAAAAACCAAUCCUAACAGAGAAACACAACGUGUCCGAGCUCGUUCAAGCAAUCCAAGCAGGAGGAUGAAUAAAGAAGACCGGCGAGCGGUCUGAGCUGCUACCCGGGACGCGCCGCUUCAACAACAAUCACGUUACCGUUUCUUCUGUGUCCGGGCAUGAGCGAGACGGAAACAGACCAAAUCACUGCAUCUCAGUAUGUUACCUGCAUGACCGGACCAUGCUGAAACCAGAAGAAACCGGAUACAUUGCCACAACCGUUUGACAAACUGUGUGUGUGCUGGUGUGUGACGGUGUGUUCAUGUCGCUUGUGUGUUGUGGGAAGAUGGUUAAGUACUGUGAAGAAAAAAAAAACAAACAAACAAAACAAAAAAAAAAACGCCUCUCGUUUUUUGCUGUGUGAGAUGAAAUGUGCUUCGGUGUUGGAAGCCUCUCCGACUCUCCCGGCCUGUGGAAAUGCUGAGUGGGACUCUUUCAUGGGAGGACGCGCAAUCAGCGAGGCAAAGUGUUUUCAUCACCACUGAGGGUAGAAACUGUAAAUACAAAGAGCUGAACGUGCAUUCUGGCUCCACUAUUUUCCUUCUGAAUGUCUUAGUUACGCCAUGCGCUCCUGAACGGGCCCUCUUUCUGUUGCUUCAAACUGUAGAUGUAAAUGAUUUAAGGUCUAAUUUGAAUUCGAGGAAGGGUUAGUGUGCUUUUACCUUUAAUAAGGCCGCGUCUGAGAAGACCGACAGGCCACUCUACUGUUAAAAACUGUUUGCGACGCUAUUACCAUUGCAUAAAUAUCUAGGUUACUCUUCUGUGUUUGUUCUUUUCUGAUCGUGGGUCUCAGUUUGGGCGUCAUCCUCCGUGAAGCCUGUAAGCCGUCUCUUCACUCGUUCCUGUGAUCAUCCGUCUCUCCUCGACUUAACAGCUUCGCUCCAGAUCCCUGUGUGUCUUAAGCACCUCCCCCUGGCUGGUCAGCGGACCAAUCAAAAUCCUCAAGGGCUUUGUAAGAAACAACCACUAAUCCCUAACCCUGACCCUCGAUUCAUGACUCUCGGGUAGAUUGGUCUUUAGGGGGAUGUUUAACAGGGGUUUAUAUCACUUCACACGUCGGCUUUGCUUUACUGUGGCAUCAGCGGAUGUGAAAAAGCAGCUACACCUCUUCGUCAUCAGACCAGUAUCUGUAAUUACAUCCAAAAAUAAGUGACCUGCUGAUCCGAAGUGCGCGGUCCAGCCAGGCUGCGACCUUUUUUUCCCCCCUAACUAAUUACGACGACUUCUUCAAAGUGUGCAGUCAGCUCGAUCCAGAAACAGAACGUCCACGCUGUGUCCUCUCGGCUCACUCUCACGCCUGAAACCACGAGCCUCCGCGCAGCAUCGCCACGGCUCUAACCCAAAAAGAAUCAGUUCCAGCAACCACAAUCAUUCAGUUUCGGUAAUAUGUUUCAUUUUAGCAUUCGAAUAGGUGUGUAGAAACAUGUCCCAAACGCAAAACAAUGUUUAGAACAGUACUUCUGAUCAAUUAACAGUCGCUUUUUUGUUUCCUGGUCCACAGUCGGUGUUUCUUUUAAAUUUAAUGUAAUUAUAUUGAACCAUAAAGUGGCUCUACGGCUGGUGAGAGUCUGGAAAUGAUUAAAUCACUCAGAACUCAUUAGAUGCUGUUCAUCCUUUUGAUUAAAAGCAUGAACGACACAAAUGGCGAAAUAUCUGAUCUCAUAUUUCGUUUCAUUUGGUUUUUCGGCAACAUAACAUGUCCGUGCUUUGAUCUUGAAAUUCACCACGAGCAGGCAGGAGACGGGCUCCAUUAAAAUUAUCUGUCAACACUUUGAAACAGAGGUGUUGAAAACGGCUCCCGGCGGGCCGCACUGAUUCGGUUUGGACGUCUCCCAGCUUCAACACACCUGAGUCCGAGGAAAGUGUCAUAAUCGCGCUCGGCAGGAAGCCGGAUGGGAAGCCCGUCGUCCCGGUCUGGUGUUUAGGAACAGAGAGAGGUUGAAAACAUGAAGCGUGGCCCUCGUGGACCAGGGCUGAACUGAAGGCUGUAAAACACUACAUGUGCUGUCUGCUAAUAAUUUGAUCCGAAAACAUGUUUCUUCCUCAAUAAACAGUCACUUGAUCCUCAUCGCAAAAACUGACAUUAUCAGACAGCAGCUGUCUGGAAACUUCUUUCAUGAUUCAGUAUUACAAAAACAAUAUUAUUAAAAAAAGACACAUUUCUCUGAGUGUUAUCAGCCCUCUAAAUGGCCGUUAUCAACUGUAUUGAAAGACGAAAAGAAAACUAUGGGCUGUUGGACCCGUUGUGUUUCCUCGUGUAAAGAUUAUUCAACAUGUCGAGACAAUUUGAUGUUGAAAACGUCUUUAAAUGGGACUUGAUCAGUGUUCCCCAACCUCCCCACUACACAGACCUUCCCACUAGACACACUACCUCACACUUCACCGUAAGCUGCCCUCAUGGUUCUUUUAGCCGUUCCAGUUCCCAGUGGACCGAACCUGUUGGCCCAACGCUGGGAGGUGAAAACAGCUGAUAAUCGGCCAUUUAAAUGGAUGAUAAUGUUUCAACUGACAAAAAUGAAGCCUUUUUUUUUUUCUUUUUAAUGUGUAAAGUGUAAAUCCUUUCAGAGGUUUAGACUUCAGACUGUUAACUACUUUACUCAUUCAGAUAAACCUAGCCAGGUAGUUUCUGUAGUCCAUUAUUUGUCGAAUGGCUCUUACUGUAAGCAACUAAAUUGGUCAGAUUUGUUUUUUUUAAAUGUAUGAACUAAUCCUUUAAAUGUCAUCUGUGAACUGAGAUCUAGGCUAGAUGUAAUCCAUUUUAGACUUGGCAAGUAUUCUGUCAAGACAGCUCUUAACCCCUGUGAGAGCGCCGAGCCGCGCAGAGCCCCAGAUUGGUUGAGUUCGGCAAAUCCAGCGCAUGAGGAGGAAUCACUUCAAACUUCACUGGAGUCUUUCAUUCAGUCUGAUUCUCCGGUGGAUAUUUGGCUACGUGACGCUACAGAGAGGUUCAGUAACUCGAUAUGCAACUGAGAUUAAUGCCUCACUGCUCUUAACUCUCGGUUUUAAAAGAGCUUUGGCGAUUAUACGUUGGUUUAAAACGUGAUGAGCUGCAGCACGACUUGCAUUUGCCAAACUCAGCACAACGUGAGGUUCUCCCCUGGAGCCGCUGUUCUCGUGUGAAGGCCUUGGAGUGGCAGUUUACCCCUGUUUUGCCAAAGGGAAAUCUUUCUAUCAUAAAGUUAAUAUUUGCAGUCCAAACUGUAAAGGGUUUUCUAACCAAUGGAUAUUUCUUAAAAUGCCAAAUAUUCAUAUUUCAUUAACAAUCUGAAGAAGGAAAAAAAAAAGAUAUUUAAAAAAAAAAAAAGCCUUGAUGUUGUUUUAACCUAACCUGAAUCUUUCUAUUUAAAUUUGUAUGUAUUUGUCUCUUCACUGGCAUGGAGCUGAAGGUUUGUACACUGUAAAGAAAAACAAAGCGAAAACAAAAAACUUGCUAGCUUGCGCAAAAAAAAAAAAAAUGUCAGUGCGCAGGAAUGAAAUGCUUGCAGUAAAGUAGUAGUUUGCAUCAAAACUAAUUUGUUGCACAAUAUUUUCCAGAAGCUAUAUUGAUUUGCGCUGCACCGCCUCCCCCAGCGUGUCGACUGCGACCCGAAGCUCGUCUGACGCGACGCUGAGGUCAGAUUAACUAGAAGGGAAGCUAAACAACCAGCGCUGCCAGGUGAACAAUAAAUUAUAAUAUCAUAUCCGUAUAAUAAUCUGGCCUGCUGUAUGAUGUGUGAUCAAUAAUCCCAGAUGAUUUGACGGUUUCUUAAUCCAAUGCGACAUAUUUGUAAUUGACUGUGAUUGGCUGGAGCAUGAGAUAUGAGCACAUUUGAAAUGAGUGGUGACUUGUAACAAUCAGACAGUUUUCAUUUGAAAUUGUUUUUUUAAAUGUUGUAUUAUUGCAAAAUCUCUCACACAUGCAUGUCAAUUAAUCAAUUGUUGGUGAAAUAACUAUAUUUCCAAUGAGUUCUCCCAGUCCUACCCUCAUUCCUCACAUAGACUGACUAUAAUUUGAUUGUCGCACAAUUUUAGACUUGAUAUGAUAAUUUCCCCCUAAAAAAAAAACUAGUGUUCCACCUGGCAACGCUGGCUCUCUUUCUUAAGCAACUCGCAAAAACCCGCAAUAGCAUUUAACUUUUAACUUCCUGCUUUGGUUUGGACUUCAGAGGUUAGCAAAUUCACUGCUGUACAUAGAUGUGACGAGCAGGAGGAGUGAGCUGUAGAUUACAGUCGUCUGGGUUCCUUUUAUUCGUUGCUGGUGGGGGCUGAAGAACAAGCGGGCAGCGUUUUAAAUGAAGGAGAAGCAUUGCACUGGUUUUUGUCGCUUAUGUGGAACGGCUACCAAGUUGUUUCAUGAGACUUGCUUCUGAUGUAAACAACAGUUGUUUUGUUUUUGUUUUUUGACUGAUUUACACAAUAAUAAUGAUGUACCUGAUGUAAAAAGAGAAGAAAAAACAAA